AGCACUUCGGUCUGUUGUGUGUUUCUUUCGACAGUUCUUCUGCUCUAUUCUGAGGCUGCAUUAUCUAUGGCUACAGGGAGUGUAACUUUGAGAAAGAACGACAAGAACAUGAUUGGUAUUAGUAUUGGUGGUGGGGCUCCGUACUGCCCCGUCCUGUACAUAGUGCAGCUAUUUGACAAAACACCGGCCGGCGACAGCUCAUUAAUGCUACCAGGCGACGUAAUUGUAGGCGUGAACGACAAAUCUGUUCGUGGACUGAGCAGGUCUCAGCUAGCAAAUGCGAUUAAAGCGAUCAAAGGACCAGUCACUCUUAAUUUUAACAGACUGACGGAGGAAAAAGGGCGUCCUAUAGAUAUUGCCUGGAAAACAGUCAAGCAUAAGCUUGUCGAAUCAAUGAGUCCAAGUACAGCUGACUCUUUGGGCCUGAGUAGAGCGAUUCUCGUGAAUGAUAAACUUGUAAAGAAGUUGCAAGAGUUUGAGCAGUGUUCUAUCAUGUAUAUGUGUCUGAUUAACAAACUCCAAGCUUACAUGAAAGCGUUUCAUUCGGUGUCACUUAUUCAGAAAGUUAUGGGAGAUGUACUUGCAGAAGUUGGUGUCAAGUCAACUCAGCCUGAUGCUAACAGAGCACUGACAGAGUUGGGUUCUGCACACAGAGACUUGGCUGCAUUUGGGCGUACUGCUACUAGUAGCAUGUUGACAGUUAUCAAGGAUCUUGCUGUCUUCUUAACCAAAGCUGUGCCUGAUGCUAAACUGACUAUGAAAAAAUAUGCAGAUGCAAAGUUUGAAUAUUUGUCAUUUUGCUUGAAGAUCAAAGAGAUGGAUGAUGAAGAGAGUAGUUAUCUUCACACUGGGGACCCACUACUUAGAGUUACAAUUGGCAACUAUGAUUAUAGGCAGGCGUUGCGAGGCAGAUACCAUGCUCGUAAGCAUUUUCUUGCUGCUCGAUCAGCUGUGACUGCAAAAUUGGAGCUUCUGGAAGUGAAACGAGUUCAAGACAUUGCUUUUCACUUGGAACGGCUUGUUCAAGUUCUGUCUGUAUACUAUACUUCUUCAGAAACUCGUUUAGCAGCAGCGAACGUUUUUCCUAUUGAAGUCGAUCUAAAACGUGUUGUAUUGAGCAGUCAUCAUCAACGUGAAGAGGAUCAUGAUUAUUCAGACAAUGACCAGGAAGAACAACUGACAGCUGUAUAUAAACUUGAUCAACCACUAGUUGAGUUAGCGGAUCAAUGAUUUAUGUCACAUUAGAUUAGAUGAGGGGUGCACAUAUUAACAUCUAGUUAGUAUAAGGAAUCGUAUUAGUUUAUAUAUUUAGUUCUGAUUAAAGAGAAAUCCCUUAUUCUGGAAUUGCUCAUAAUAGCAGUAUACAAAGCUUACUCUACAGGCUAACACUGGGUGUUGUGUUAGUGGUUUCUUUAUCAUGAGUUUUGCUACUUGAAGUGAUAGUCGAUUCUCUUUCUUCAUAAAAUCAAUUUGUG